UGAUAGACGUUUGUUAUUGUUAAAAUUCCGUAUUAAUCUCGUAACUUAAAAGGUUCUUAUCUUUACUGGCUUAUCAACGAAAUUUCUUUUUUUUCCCGAAACGAAAUGGUGAGAUAUAGUUCGCUAUACGAAAAAGUUUAACUAAUCUUGUAUUGCAAGGUAGUGAUAUGUUGUAGCCUUGCAUAGUCAUCCAUCACGUUUCCGAAAGCCAGUGUAUGGAUAUAUUACUGUACUAUCACCAAUAUAUCGAGGCUUGUCCCAAACGCCGUUCUAGCACAUACAACGGAAUAUGAAAAAAUCCAAGGAAAUUAAUCAAAAUGAUAUGAAAGUAUUUGUUCCAAGACUUCACCGUCGACAACGAACUCAGUCAAAAGAUAUUAAGGAACAUGCCAUCUCGUGUUCUAAGCAAAGAGAUUCAGUUCAGCUCGAAGAAGAACUCUCGCUGUUACAACUAAAGAAACUCAUGCGCCUUUUCAAACAGCACAAGCCUGAGCAAAAACACAGAACCUUCAGCAACCUGCCUUCGCGUGCCGCGGGAAAACCCGGUUACAUGAACCUUGACGAAUUUGAUAAAGCUUUGAACAAAGCACUUCACGACCAAGUCUUGACAAGCGAGAUUGAAGAAUUAUUCAGAAAGGUUGAUAUAUCGUCUGACGGUCUGGUGGACUGGGAUGAACUGAGCUCUUAUAUAUUACUGCGAUUGCAAGAAAGAGAGUUACUGAGGUCAACAGGUCAUGGCAAAGUAUUCCAAAAUCCUCCCAAGAUAGUGAAGAUAGAAAAGUGUAAGGAGCCAACGUCUCGAAUUCUGGUCGGCUCGAAUCCGACGAGAUAUAUUACCGUGGGCAAAGAUGGUUUCAUCAGGGUUUGGACCGCUGAUCUCGUUCAAGAAAGAUUUUUACGAAUGGACAACGGUGACCAAUCGUUCAACCAAUCGGCAUCAAGCAAACGUAAGAUCUGGGUUACAGAUGCAGUGAUUAUGAAGAAUGUUAAUAAACUAGCCGUCUGCACCACCAAUAUGGAUAUCUAUUUCUAUGACAUGUCUACCCCUGUCUAUACACCUCAAUUCCAUUUAUGUGCUUUGGGUGUUGUGGCUUUCUGCUUGGAAUACCAUUACGAUAAAAAGAACCCUGCCAAUCAAUCACUGUUGUUUUACGGCGAUGACAAGGGCCAAGUUCAUGUGUUGAUUUUUCAUAAACCAUUUGAAGGAUUGUUUGAGACUCCAUUUAAGAAACAUGGAGGAUGUCACGUUUUAUUUUUGCAGGAAGCGAUGUCGUCACAAUCCCAUCUUGUCAGCCAUGUUCUAGUGGACGAACUUCAUUCUGAUUGGUUACGAAGGCUGCGCUAUUACCAUAGCAACGAUAUGCUGAUGUCAUGCAGUGGUAACAGUCGAGACUCGUUGAUAAUGAGAGGAGUUAUGAAGAACGCUCAUGAUAAGAUAUAUACAUACAAAGUUGUGAAGGGCAUCGAUUGUUUUGACUUUUCAAAAGAUCUCAACGUGAUUGCAACUGGAGGUCUCGAUCACGUGGUUCGUCUAUGGAAUCCUUACGUCACUGUGAAGCCUAUGGCGACCCUCAGAGGUCAUAUAUCACGUGUACUUGACGUGAUCAUCGAAGAACAGAGAGGAACAGUGUAUAGCUACGACUGCGAUACGGUUAUUAAAGCUUGGGACAUAAAGGAACAUUAUUGUAUCCAAUCUAUACACCUGAAAUACCCUUACGACCCUCAUCAUCUCGACCACGGUCCAUUCCCGAUGAUUUUGCUACCGGCUCCUACGCAUGCGCUGUUGAUUGCCUGCGAGGACUAUCUGACUGAACUAAAGUUAUCUAACGAACCUAACAUCAAGCCAAACAGAACGAGCCAUGACCGUCCUCUGCUCGCCUGCUUGUACAAUGACAAGAAGAAACAGGUGAUCACGGGUUGCGAAGGAUCUUUGGUGCGCACCUGGAAUGUGGAGACUGGGAAGAAGGUGUUCGAGUUCCUAGGUGUUGUCGGGAAGGAUGAAAUGUCAUGCAUGGCUCUGGAGGUCAGCGGACGGCGGCUGUUUACUGGAUCACGAACUGGAAUGGUCUAUAUUUGGACAUCAGGCAGUGGUCAACUGCUUCAUAAAUGCCUACCAGAACCAGGAUACGAGUACGAAGUAACGGCCAUUCAACCAUUGCCCGAGAAAUCGUACACUUUGAGUGUCGGAUGGAGCAAAAGAAUCUUGAUGUAUCAUGACCAUGACGAGAUGUUAUCUGUGAAAGCAGAUCCCAGUUGGAAAGGUGGUCAUGUCCACGAGGAUGAUAUACUGUGCAUAGCCCACUGUCAUCCCAAUCUGGUUGCAACCGGAAGUUUUGACGGUGAUCUCAUUCUUUGGAGCCUGGAGAAACAAAAUAUUUUCAAAAGACUCAAGAGAGGAUCUGGCAGCCUGUUCAAGUCAAAGUUAAAAAAAGUUGGGCUAGCAGCUGGACACCGGAAAAGAUUGAAGUCAGACAGCAAACAGGGGAGUCCAGUCGACGGUAUAUUGUUCUUUGAAAGGCGGGCAAACAUGAAAUGCCAGGAUAGUGCGAUCUUGGUGUCGUCACAAAGCGGUGUUCUCGAGUUUUGGAGUAUGUUUGGACCUCUAAAACCAAGAGGUUCCUUUUACGCGCCACCCGACCCAGGUUGUACAGUGCUUGGGUUAGCCACAGACAGAGCCAACGAUAUUUUGAUCAGCGGUGAUACUGCAGGUUACGUCACAGUUUGGGAUAUCAAAGAAUAUUGCAAUCUAAGUCUUGAGAUGGUUGUGACCAAGGCAUGGAUGACGGCCAAAGCAUCAUCAGAAGAUCAACACAACUUUCCACCACGACAGUUUCGCUGGCGAGCACACACGCAGAGCAUUGUGAGUUUACAAGUCGUAAGUCAAUUUCAACAAGAUCACUUCAUUCUCUCGGCCUCAACUGACUGCACAGCGAAACUUUGGACCAUAAAUGGUGUUCCUAUAGGAAUGUUUGAUCAGGACCAAACUUGGAACAUAAGCCAAUUCUUAGCAUCUGAAUAUACUGAAGAAAAACCCGAAGAAAAAUCUGAAAAGAAUUUGAAUGGCGUCGUUCCAAAAAAUCACAAAAGAAGACCGCAUACCAGUGACGACGUCUUUACAUCAAGUUCCCAGACAUUGCUCAAAACCUCAAGAAAACCAUCUUCAGAGUGGACAAGCAACGAUUCGGUUGGAAUAGAGAGAUCGUUAACAGAAUCGUGGAUCCUGGGAGACAAAUACAACAAAUCAUUUGAACGUCGUAUGAUGGAUAGAAAGACCAGGAGGGAUAACCUAGGACACGUAGAUACAUCUUUAACAACAGGGGGAGGAUUAGGGACAUCUUGCUCUCCUUUUCAGGCCCUCUAUCUACUCACUUCUGACGAGUUCGAGUUACCACGUGACCUACCUUUUACUCCCCGAAUGAGGACCGGAAGUAAAUUAUUAUCAGAUCGCGAUGAUUCCUGGAAAAACAAUCAAGCGUCGCUAAAUUUGCCGCCGAUUUUGUCGGAUAACAAUGACUGACAGUUAGACGACUCUAAAAAGCAGAUAUAUUUAAUGAACCAUAAUAUUCCACCUCGCUUCCGGAUCCAAUUCAGUGAAUUCAAUUAUGCUAUUCAGUGAUUUUAGUGUACAGAAACGGAUUUGUAGGUCUAAAUCAGUGAUUCUUAAAAUCUUUUAAUACAACUGAAAAAAUACAAAAGGAAUGAGACCUUUCUUAUUAUGAUGUGAAACGUGGAAAGUCUGAUGUUACCCGAAAUUUGAUUGGCUCCACAAAACUAUCGAGCCAAUCAAACUUCGUGUACAUCAGACGUCUUUUCCACGUUUGACGUUCUUCCAUUUUUGUCUGAAUGGCAGUUAAAUGUCUUUGUGUUUUAAACAAUAGCAAUUUUGUCAUGUAUAGCAAUAAUAGCAAACGUUCGACGUUUGGAAAUUGGAAUGAAAUAUUUCAGCUUAAAACUCAGCUCAAACGUUGUGAUUAUAGAUUCGACAGAUUCACUGGCAGUUAUCGUUCUAGUUGCAUUUAGGUCUCUGAGUAAAUCACGAAAAAUACACAAACAAAUCGUCAAGUAUUGGCAUCUUCAGACCGGAACUGGGUGAUUUUUAACCAAUAUAAUAUGUAUAACCCAUAACAGACCAUCAUUCAAAAUGGUUUUGCUCUAUUGAUAGUAUCUGGCUAUGCUCAAUUUUUACGCACGAAAACGCCGAUUUUAUGUGGAUUUCAUCAUGAAAUUUGACAAGUUGAUGAUCUUUUUCGGCAUCCUCAGCAUCUCAGCGUACCCGGUUCAUUGCCAAACUACCACCCUUAUUGCCGAAUUCAGAAGUCAGCAAGCAAAUGGCACUAUGUCAUUCUCUAAAAC